AAAACUCGUGAAUAAAGUGUCACGCACGAAUGCAUGACUCAUAAAUACUACUCCAAUACAUCAAUAAUUCAAUAUCCUAUCCGUCUAUGAAGUCUAUCACCAAAUAUUUGGAAUAAUAUCAAUUUCGUAAUUUUGUUUCCUAUUAGAAAACGUACUCCUGAAUAAAUCACAGUCAAAAUAAAAAUUCAAGAUUCUGUCUACAACCAACAAAUAGACUAGAUUCACUAAAAAGAAUCCUACAUAGAAUCAACAAAGGAAUCAACAAAUACUCAAAAAAAAAAAAAAUCCAACACCUUUCUCAAACCCUAAACCCAACGUAAAAAAAUCAAAACAACAACAAUGGCAGAAAUCGAAACAGAAACCAUAGAUUCAAAACAAGAAGAAACAUCACCAAUCGAGCAAGUUCGAUUAACAGUAUCAAACACAGACGACCCAACUUUACCAGUAUGGACUUUCAGAAUGUGGUUUUUAGGAAUACUAUCAUGUGUUCUAUUAUCUUUCCUUAAUACUUACUUUAGUUACCAAGAUCAGCCGUUAAUCAUAACCAUGAUCACAGUUCAGGUGGCGACACUCCCUCUCGGCCGCCUUAUGGAGCGGUUGCUACCGACACGGGUGUUUUUGGCCGGUGGACGGUGGGAGUUUUCUCUGAAUCCUGGACCUUUUAAUAUGAAGGAACAUGUUUUGAUUUCCAUGUUUGCUAAUGCUGGUUCGGCUUUUGGUGGUGGAACUGCUUAUGCUGUUGGUAUUGUUGAUAUUAUUAAGGUGUUUUAUAUGAGGAAGAUUACGUUUUGGGCGAGUUGGAUUCUUAUUAUCACUACUCAGGUACUUGGAUAUGGUUGGGCUGGAAUACUAAGAAAGUACGUGGUUGAUCCAGCUGAAAUGUGGUGGCCAGCUAGUCUUGUUCAAGUUUCACUUUUCCGGGCAUUACACGAUAAACAAGACAGCAAAACAGACAGAACCCUUACAAGAAGCAAAUUCUUCGCAAUAGCACUAAUAUGCGCCUUCAGUUGGCAAAUAGUCCCAGGUUACCUCUUCCCAACAAUAUCAAACAUCGCAAUCCUCUGCCUAGCCUUCCCAAAAUCAGUCGUUGCACACCAAGUUGGCUCAGGUAACAGAGGCCUCGGAAUUGGUGCAUUCGCAUUCGACUGGAACGUCGUAGCCGCCUUCAAUGGCAGCCCUCUUGUAACCCCUUUCUUCGCUAUCGUUAACAUAGCAGUGGGUUAUGUGAUGAUCAUGUACUUGAUUGUACCAGUAAGCUAUUGGGGGUUAAACGUGUUUAAUGCAAAGAGGUUUCCUUUUUUCUCGUCUCAUUUGUUUACAAAUGAUGGGCAGAAGUAUGAUGUUAGAGGGAUUGUGAAUAAGAAUUUUGAGCUUGAUUUGCCUUCUUAUGCUAAGUAUGGACGAGUCAACUUGAGUAUGUUCUUCGCGUUGACUUAUGGUCUUGGGUUUGCGGCUGUGGUGGCUACUUUAACUCAUGUUGCCUUGUUCAAUGGAAGGGACAUAUAUAGGCAAUUCAGAGCAACAACAAGUCGCAAAGAAGAUAUACACACCAAGUUAAUGAGGAAAUACAAGGACAUUCCUAACUGGUGGUUUUACGUUCUACUGAUAGCCUCACUUGCUCUUUCUUUUGCUCUUUGUAUUUUCAUGAAAGAGCAAGUUCAAAUGCCAUGGUGGGCGCUUCUAUUGGCUUCAGUCCUUGCCUUUCUCUUCACCCUUCCUGUUAGCGUUAUAACCGCGACCACAAAUCAGACACCAGGGCUAAAUAUCAUCACAGAGUAUCUAAUGGGUUUGAUUCUACCAGGAAGACCUAUAGCUAAUGUCGUAUUCAAAACCUAUGGUUAUAUGAGUAUGACACAGGCAGUAUCUUUCCUUAAUGAUUUCAAGCUCGGCCAUUACAUGAAGGUCCCUCCAAGAUCAAUGUUCUUGGUUCAGUUCAUAGGAACCAUAAUAGCAGGAACAAUCAACUUAAUGGCAGCAUGGUAUUUCCUCAACACAGUCCCAAACAUAUGCCAAGACAUACCAGGCAACACAUGGUCAUGUCCAAACGACAACGUUUUCUUCGACGCAUCAGUCAUCUGGGGUUUACUCGGCCCAAGAAGGAUGUUCGGGUCCAUGGGUAGCUACUCAUCUAUAAACUGGUUCUUCCUAGGUGGUAUCAUAGGCCCAGUUAUUGUAUGGGCCUUACACAAAUCAUUCCCCAAACAGAAAUGGAUCAUGCUCAUUAAUUUACCCGUGAUCCUUGGUUCGACAGCUAUUAUGCCCCCGGCUUCAUCUAUUAAUUUCACGUCUUGGAUAUUUGUCGGGUUUGUGUUCAACUACGUGGUGUUGCGUUACAGGAAGAAGUGGUGGCAGAAGUAUAAUUAUAUCCUUUCUGCGGCGUUGGAUGCUGGGGUGGCGUUUAUGACUGUAUUGAUUUAUUUUGCACUUGGAAGUGUUGGAGGUGUUUCUUGGUGGGGGUCUGGGUCUGAAUAUUGUGACCUUGCUACUUGCCCUACUGCUAGAGGUAUCAUUGCUGAUGGGUGCCCUGUAUUUUGAUCUUUUAGUUUGGAGAAAUGAUUAUUUAAUUAGGUUUUUGUAGUAUGAUUUCUUCAGGAUUAGUUAUUUUUCAUGAUUAGUAGGAACAAAAUUGUUCAUUUUUUUCAUAAAUUGUAUAUUUAAUGAACCAUAUAAAGAUUUCCACAAUCUCAUUUGUUAUAUUUCUUUGUGAGGAAAAAGAUUAGUGGCAUAGUA